GAACUGGAAUGGUAUAUUGUAGCGCCUAGCGCGACGAAGGAACUCGGGGAAGAAUCUGCAUGUUUACGCGUGCAAAUUUAUGAUUAUAGUUCGGUAUGGAUGAAUUAUGUUUUCUUGACAAUUAGUUAAAGAUCACAUCAAAAAACAAGUUCAAAUUUUCCCGGAACACUAGAAGAUCCAUGUACCGUGAAGUCUUCUUUCCGAUGACUGUGGAGCGGAGUAGAAAUAAGGAGCGCCUGGAGGCCAGUCUUGCCGGACUGUGUGAGCUGGAGCUCCGCAAGCAGAAGCAGGAAUGCUUGGUCCUUGGUGCUCUGACCCUUGGAGACCCCAUGAUAGAAAAUGCAUCUAGAAGUGAGCUAUCAGGUUUCAGCAGCUGGGACCAAGACAACUUGACAUUGAGACGUCAGCUGAGUUCCCUCCAGAGCUCCCCCUGGGGGCUAAUGUUGGCACUGGAGCAGCAGUUGGGUGAGCUGCGAGUGGACACUGACGACGUCCAUUACGAAGGCAGCCAAGGAGAUGCAGGCGAUAGCCGGCCCAGCUCAGGUUUCUAUGAGUCCAGUGAGGGGCAGUCUCCAAAGGGCCAAUCAUGUUCCUCUGAGGGCACAGAGCCCGCCUCUACUUGGAUGUACACCAAUGAGAGACCCAAGUCACUGGGCGAUUCCCUCCUACUGAACGAGGAGAGUAUGAUGGAUCAGACCCCCCGAGCCCCUCUGCCACGCUCCUUCUCCGCCCCCUACCCCCCCUUGGAGGGCAUCGCCGAGGAGGGCCCGCCGGACGAACCCUGGCAGUGGGACCCCCACUGUGCCCACCCGGACUGGCACGACCACACAGACCCUGAGCAGGAGGACUACCAGCAUGCCUUGCGGGUGGAAAGCUACAUCCUGGGUCUCAUCCAGCGGCACACUCUCGCUCCGCGGCCCUGCCAGCCCCGGACCAGGCUAAACCCUGACCCCCCACACCCCAGUGUCCUCAGACAAAGCAGCCUGCGCAGGCAAACGCCCUCCCACACCCCCGAGCACCGAACCCACGAUCCCCGCGACCUUUCACCUGACCCCGAGGGCCAGGCCUGGGGCUGUGACCACCUAGGGAAUGAGGUGGAGGAAGGGUACGGAGGGGAGGCCCCCUCCAUAGAGGAGGACUGUUAUCUAGCCCUUCCCUACCCCCACUCCCGACCCAACUCCCUGGCUGGGGGGAUUCUGCCCUCCCUGGACCCCAGCUAUGGAGCUUUUGACCCCUGUUGUGGUGGGGAGGCCCAGUGCCCCCAGCUCUAUACUCUCCCUCACUCCCCAGCCUCACACAACCAUUUAGUCAGUGCCCAGUUUAUCCCUGGCCAAGCCUACCACGCGCCAGUUUGCUCCCCCAUGCACUACAACCCCGAGCCCCCACAGCUCAUCCGAGGGUGUUCAUCGUCAGAGCAGCCCAGCUCCAAGACCAGGUCUGGGAGUAAGAAGGGCCCAGAGGAGCGCCAGAGCUCCAGAAAAGCCAGUCACCACAAGGCGAGCCACUCUCAGUCUGAGAACAGCCAUCUGGCCCAGCGAGGUCUACCUGAGCGCAGGUACAGCACAACCGAGAGGCCCCAGGGUCGGAGGGGCCAAGCCCAGGGCCAUGCCCAGGCCGGAGGCCCCCACCCUGGGAACGGCAGCAGCAGCAAGGGGGGCCGGCGCUGGUGCUCCAACCUGGAGCUCAGUCAGGAUGAAGGAGAGACCCAGGUAGCACAGUCCCACAGGAGGCCGACUCGCAGAGCCCGUCACGGCCACCCCUGCCCGCACUUCCACCCCCUCGCUCAGCCCCAGCACGCCAACUACCCAGAAAGGGUGGCUCUGAGCCGGGGAGAGGAGGGCUACACGGGGGCCGUCCCGGCCGAGUCUGAGUCCAGCAUGAGCGAGGUCUACUCCCCGGGCUCCAGCUCUCUCUCCAGCGACUCGGACGAGAGUGGGGGGCUGGUGUGGCCUCAGCAGCUUCCCCCUCGCCUCGCCCCUUCCUCCUCCUCCUCCUCCUCCUCCCCCCAGGCCUCCUGUGAGACCCCCGCGCCGCCCAAAACCUUCGUCAAGAUCAAAGCCUCGCACGCGCUGAAGAAGAAGAUCCUGCGCUUCCGCUCAGGGUCACUCAAAGUCAUGACCACCGUCUGAGGCUGGUGCUGGUGCUGGCUGGAGCGUUAUCAUUGCUUUAAUGUAGCGCUAGCUGCAACCUUUCAGUAAUUCCUGGACCAUGGCUGCCACCUUCUCCCAUUAACAGUCUGCGCUAACGCGAUGAGGCCACACACUGGCUCUACCUCUGCUUGUCAGUGCAGCCGUGUUCUGGUGUGAGACCUGCCUGUUCUGAUCAGAUGUUAGAAUGAGGCGUCGGUUUAAAACACAUGCGUGACGGACGAGGGAGAGGAGCUACUGGCUCAGUGGAGAGUGGGCCAGUGCUUUUAGAGCAUCUUUCCAAUUGAAGGAAUUUCAAGUUGUCAUCCAACACAAAAUGCAUACACAAAUGCUAGGAAGAUUUAUACUCUGAAAAAGAUAAGUUAUUGGCGCUGGUAGACUACAACAAAAAGAAUCUGAAAUGUCCAUGUUCUCCAAUACUAGCUAGUACAGUUAGUCAAAAAAAGACUUUGGCGUCUCUUGUCUGAACACAGUGUUCUAUAAUAAAAUAUGAUUAUUCUAUCUUAAAAAUGUAUGUUAUCAGUCUAUCUAUUAACUGUACCUCAUACAGGACAAUAGAUUUGCAUUGACUAAAGGACACUUCAUUACAUCAAACAAGGAGCUCUUCCUGCCAUUUACACCUGUGGUCAGGGACCAGUGGACCAAACUGACAACACCACUCUUUUUUUUAUAGCACUGGCCCUUUUUAGCGGACAGACUUUAGUGAGGGAGGUAAACACACAACCACACACUCACUAGCAUGCACAUAAACGUGUAAAUAUCAAUGCGUGGCCUU